AUUUCACUCCUCUCUACAAUUCUUUGAAAACUACAACUUCGUUUUGCGCUGUUAUUCAGUUGUUGACCCGACCUCCUUAACAAAAAUCCUUUAUUUUCAAAAAUAAUAAAUAAUAAAUAACGGCACCGAACAAAAAAUGAGGUUUGCUUCAAAAUUUUAGACAAAGAAUCGUAGCAAAGUAUAACAUUCGGAGAUUUGAAGGUUUUGCGGCAAUUGUAAUUUGUAAAUAUUCAUAUUUUUAUGGCUACAAGUUUUUAGUUGCUUCGACAGACCAUGGCUAGUGACCUAGCAGAAGGAGAAGAAGUAGUAGUAGCAGCAGUGAGCGACGAUGAGAGUGAAAGAAUAGUAAAAUUGGGAUCGUACGGAGGGAUGGUGAGGCUACUUCUUGAUGAUGAUGAUGAUGAUGGUGAUGACGAUGAUGCCGCCUCUGAAGAGACGAUGCUGCUUUGGGGUAUUCAACAGCCAACACACUCCAAACCUAACGCCUUCGUCUCUCAGUCCUCUCUACACCUCACUAUUGACGCCUGCGGCCACUCUCUCUCUGUUCACCAGUCCCCUUCUUCCUUGAUCACUCCUGGGGUAACUGGUUCGGUAAUGUGGGACAGUGGAAUUGUUCUAGGCAAAUUUUUGGAGCAUGCGGUAGAUUCAGGGAUGCUUAAUCUUCAAGGAAAGAAGAUUGUUGAACUGGGCUCUGGAUGUGGAUUAGUUGGCUGCAUUGCAGCUCUUUUAGGUGGUCAAGUUAUCCUAACUGAUCUGCCUGAUCGACUGAGACUACUAAAAAAGAAUGUCCAAGUCAACCUUGAUCAUGGAAAUGUGCGAGGUUCUGCAACAGUGACGGAGUUGAUUUGGGGAGAUGAUCCUGAUACAGAAGUGAUUGAGCCAUUACCUGAUUUUGUUCUCGGAUCUGACGUGAUCUAUAGCGAGGGAGCUGUGGCAGAUUUGUUGGAAACACUUCAACAACUCUGUGGAUGCAAUACAACUAUCAUGUUAGCCGGAGAACUUCGAAACGAUGCUAUCCUUGAAUACUUUUUAAAGGGUGCUAUGAAGGAAUUCCAGGUUGGAAGAGUUGAUCAAACACAAUGGCAUCCAGAUUACAAUAGUGGACGUGUUGUUUUGUAUGUUCUUGUCAAGAAAUGAGUGUUGAAAUUGGUACAAUAGCAUAUUAACAGUUAUUUAGAGUAAACAAAAAAUCCACUCAAGAAUUUGAUUACUUGUUUAUCAAGGGCAUUUUUCCUUUU